CAGUCGACUGCGCAGCGGUGAAUAACGGCUGGGUUAUGGUGAAUGAUAUCAUCACAAAAAGAAAAGAAGAGAAAGAAAAAGAAAGAAAAAAAAAAGAAAAGCAAUAAAAUGCGCACCUUUCCCCUUUCGCUUCCUGUUGACAAAAUAAAUCGAAGAAUGAGUGGAAAGAGACAGUGAGCAAAGAACCAUCUAAACAAACCUCACAAUACCCAUUCCCAUGGCCCAGAGCUCAAGUCCCGACCGUGGAGUGUAUACUACCGAGCAACACCAAAAGCCCACCCAUCAUAACACCUAUAGUCCCUCCUCAAAGAAGCGGGAUAGCCCUCAAGUAGUAGCGGAGCAGAACCCCUCUCGCGCACCGCUGCACCCCCAUCGCUUAGAGCAAUACAAGCACUACGCCAGUGUAUCAGCCAGCGACCGGCAAAGGUAGCUAGCGCAUACAAGUCCUGCUCACCCCCCC